AUGAAGACUCGAUUCAAAGUAGUUGCUGUGGGGGAUGGCGGCUGUGGGAAGACUAGCUUGCUCUCGAGUUUUAGUAACAACGUCUUUCCUGAAAAUUACUUGCCAACCGUGUUCGAAACUUUUUUGAAAGUCUUUGAUUAUGAGAACGAGAGCUACGAAAUAAUGCUGUGGGACACUGCUGGACAGGAGGACUAUGACCGGUUGAGACCACUUUCCUACCAGGACACGAAUGUAAUCCUCUGUUGCUUCGAUAUCACAGACGCCGAUUCAUUCAGCAAUGUCACGGAAAAAUGGAUUCCUGAAGUUGAUCCCAAAACUAAUUUUGUAGGUGAGGGGUUUCUGUCCGAACAUAAAAGUGAUUCUUGUGGCCACGAAGAGUGA